AUGUCAAUAAGCGGCUUGCCCCACCUGGCCCAUUUCCUCCUGCGCUCGGCCAAAUUCCACCAAACCCACCUCGUGGGUCGACUAAAACUGCUCGAGAAGCUUGUGGAAAUGCACCGCGACGCGGUAUCCACGGGCGUGGUUGGCGCGAACAAGCGAAUCAGCUACCGCCACCUCUGUUCCAGCCUCAUCUUCACUCGGCGUCACGUGUACCCCCCGGAGCAGCCGGUUUUCCCGCACAACUACGUCUCCGAGGAGGCCAUGGCGGUGUGUUUCGGCGCUGGUGGACUACGACGGGCCCCAUCGUCUGCCCUACCCGUCCAGACGCCUCUCAAGGUCGUCCCGCAGCACACCGAGGUUCAACUUAGCUCGUCUGGGUGUCUAAUGGAGGCCAAUAUCAAGGCCAGUCGACUGGCGCGGCGCGUUUUCAUUGUGGUGGCGAGAGCCCUGUUGCAGGAGCCGCGGUCAGUGUCGCCUGGAAACGGGACAACCUCCCUUCCGCACGCCGAGAGCUUUGUGAACGCAGAAAUCGCGCUGUUAGACGUCAGCUUGGCGGCCAGACUGCGCGCCAAGUUGUCUGACUUCCUGGUAAUCAGAGCAGCAGCUGCUGCCGAGGUUGUCGCGUCGCCUGCUGCGGUUUCAACGAAACACGAGCCUCCACCGAUACCUCCACCUCGGCGUUUCUCCCAGUCCAAGCCGACGCCAUCGGAAUCGCGGAAGGUUUCUGUGAAGUCUGAUACGGUAACCGCCGCCGCCGCCGCCGCAACGAAUACGACGCAGAUAAUCACACCGAGCGGUAUCCGAGUGGCGCUGGAACCGGCGUACGACCACGUCGCGCUCUCAGAAACCGCCCCCUACAGCAGCGGAGACGAUGACGACGAUGAGGAGGACGUGGAAGAGGAGCCACUGGAGAAGUUGGACUGGGAGGAGGUGGGCGCUGCGCAGCAGGUGAAACGCGAGGCCCCCGCCGUCGCCUCACCACCACCCCCCAGACUGCCUGUCGUGCCAACUCCAGCCGAGUUGUCGGCGCUGAAGACGGCUCUACGGACCGCAGCGUCGUCAUCCAUCCCCCUGGUGUCCAUUCCCAACUUGGCCCAGUCGCUAGACGCCAAGGAACCACUCAAAACGGAGUAUCGGUACAGGGAGGGCGUUGAUUGGCUGCUGGGCCCGUUUCUUGGUAAAGGCGCCUUUUCGCAGUGCUACCAAGCCCGCGACCUUCGAACCGGCACUCUGAUGGCUGUGAAGCGGUUGAGGUUUAUGGGCGAUUCGUCGGCCGAGUCUAUGGAGCAGUUGGCGACGGCGACGGAGGAGGUCGCGAUCAUGCGUCGUCUCCACCAUCCCAACGUCCUGCGUCUCUUCGGCAUCGCCUACAACCCCGAGAAACGCCACGUGGACAUCUUCGUCGAGUGGAUGCCCGGUGGCAGUAUCACCAGUUUGCUGAAUCAAUAUGGCGCCUUCACGGAGCCCGUUUCGCUGGCGUACAUCCUCCAGUCGACGUUGCAUCUCCUCACCCUCUUCACUACCACGUCGUCUCAACCUGUGAUUGUUUUUUUAGGCGCCAAUUUGCUUGUCGACGGGACCGGGAGUGUCGUGCGAAUAUCCGACUUUGGGGCCUCCGCACGACUCGGAACCCAGGGUAGUGUGGCCGGCCAAUUUCAGGGUCAGGUGAUCGGCACCUUCGCCUUCAUGGCCCCAGAGGUGCUCCGCGGUGAGACGUAUGGCCGCGCCUGUGAUAUCUGGUCGGUCGGAUGUUGUCUCUUGGAAAUGUUGAGUGGCAAACCGCCCUGGAACGAUUCUCGCCUCACCAACCAGUACGCCCUGAUGUUCACGGUAAGCUCUAAACAUCAUAUCGCGUCAGCUGAUCAGCCGCCAUCGUAUCCCAAGUCAAUCAGUCCACCGGUGAAGAAGUUUUUGGACUCGUGCUUCAAUCGGAUACCGGAGCAGAGGCCGACCGCGCGUCGUCUGCUCCAGCACCCCGUCUUCUCGUCCAUCGUCUCCGCGCCCGAGCCGCCAACGACGGUGUCCCCGGAAGCCGCCGGUCUGUCUAAGAGUUUCACCACUGUCGGCCUCUGCAGCACGACCCGCGCCGCCAGUCGACACCGGGCCCUUCCACCGGUACCCAACGAGCCCCCUCGGUCCCCGCCUUCGGGCUACGACAAACUCGCCUUCAACGUUGCCUCCGGCCAGCAAAACGCCAACAAACAACCACGGCAGCACCAAGUGGUCACGCAGCGAAAGAUAUGCAGAAAUCAGUAA